AACACUUAGCCUUUGAAAAAAAAAAGUGGCCAAAAACGUCUCAAAAACGGCUAACAAUUUCAGGUGCUUUUGUUUCUCUAAAUGUGACUUAUUAAAAAACAUGGUGUGUGAACACAACAUCAAGAGUAUUGCCCUAAAGAAAGAUGGCGGAUUUGUACUUCCGCCCGCAAAGAGACCGUUACCGGUCACGUGCCGAAAACAGAGAAGGAACAUGCUGAAUGCGGGAAGGGGGAGACUGGUGGCCGCUUGUCGGGGACUCGCUGCCCGUGUUGGGGUGAGGCAGGGGCGGACACUCCUGGGGGAGCAUAGAGCGAUCUGUCACCGCCCGUCCGCAUCUAUUACCGGACACUGCCGGACUACAGCCGCAUGGAGGCGCCUCUGUACCCGGGCCGCGGAGCCCCAGCCUGUGGGGAAGGUCCAGUCCACCCAUUACCAGCUCGUGUACACCUGCAAGGUUUGCUCAAGAAGAUCGAUGAAAAAGAUCUCGAAAGUCGCCUAUCAUAACGGAGUGGUGAUCGUGAAGUGUCCUGGAUGCCAGAACCAUCACAUUAUAGCCGACAACCUGGGCUGGUUCUCAGACCUGGAAGGGAAGAGGUUUUACUACGAUCUCAGAAAAGUUUUUCGUGAAAGUGCUGGCCAGGAUUCCAGGAGACGGUCUACUGUUGGUGCGUGUAUCAGAAGAACGGUGUUUUACUGGAUCCUUGGCAGAGGUUAAAAAUAAACGUGUAUAGCAAACCAAGCUUGGAUGGUUUGGAUUCCGGAUGCUGGGAGCUUCUUGCUACGCGGUUGACAUGAAAAUUUAUUUUAGAUACAUUUAACAUUCACUGAACUGCUCCCAUUUCAGUUCACUGGCUCUGCACAGCAAAAAACAAGUGGAAGUGCAUGUGGGUCAAGUGGAUUGGCACAAUGAACUACGUGCUGUUUACCCAAGGGGCCUGAACAAACAGAGGAUGGUACAGGAGAGACCCUGGAGAGCUGCAAGUGACCCAUACUUCCAAAAUACUUUUUACUUCCUUUGUAAUUUGGUGGAAUCAUCUUAAUAAUAGUUAUCAAAAAAGAUUUUUAUCUCAUAAAGUGAUGGCAUAUCACUAGGAAAUGCCAUCACAUUAUGAUUGGUGGGGGUCUAACUGCCAGUCCAGUGCACUAGUCCUGUCCCACCCUGCUGGCUGUGCAGCGAACUACAACACGACCCUAUUCAUCUUGGACA